GCCGCCAUAUUGUUAUUUUGUUUGCGGAAAGCCGCUUCGGCUCGUUGCAGCGCAAUUUUUUCGGUGCUAAUUUCGGGCGAUUUGUGAACUUUAUUGCUGUUAUUUUACGCCGGCAAGUGACCGGAAGUGCUCUCGUGUCGGAACUCGCUGGAUGCGCCAGUUGAAUCGCGUCCAAAAUGUCGAAUAUCGUGCUGGAUAAGGAUUCCUUCUAUCGACGGAUAAAACGCCUCUACACCAACUGGAAGGAGCCGGAAUUUUCCCACGAUGAUUCGCUCCAGAAGGUGGACUGCAUUCUGACGGCGGUCGGUGUCGAUGAGGAGACCAUUUACAGCAAAUCGACUUCGCUCCAGACAUGGCUUCUGGGCUACGAGCUGACCGAUACGAUUACGGUUCUUUGCGAGGAUUCCAUCUAUUUCCUGACUAGCAAGAAAAAAAUCGACUUCCUGAAGCAGAUAGAGAAGGACGCCGAGGAGGGAGUCCCGACCGUGAAGUUGCUGGUCCGCGAUAAGACCGACAAGGACAAGGCCAACUUCGAAAAGCUCCUGGAGGCCAUCAAGGGUUCCAAGAAUGGCAAAACGCUGGGCGUUUUCAGCAAGGACAAUUUUCCGGGCGAGUUCUGUGAAGCGUGGCGAGCGUUCCUCAAGGACAAGAGCUUCGAAUCGGUGGACAUCAGCAUCCCGAUUGGGUACAUCAUGUGCGCCAAGGAGGACUCCGAGGUCAUCACCAUCAAGAAGGCCUGCCUGGUGACGGUUGACGUGUUCAACAAGUACCUCAAGGAUCACAUCAUGGAGAUCAUUGAUGCAGAUAAGAAAGUGAAACAUGCGAAACUGUCGGAAGGAGUCGAACAGGCCCUGACGGACAAAAAAUACGUCACCGGUGUAGACACCAACCAGCUGGACAUGUGCUAUCCGGCCAUUAUUCAGUCGGGUGGUAAUUACAGUUUGAAAUUUAGUGCAUUCAGUGACAAAAACUAUCUGCACUUUGGGUCGAUUAUCUGCGCCCUGGGAGCUCGGUACAAGUCGUACUGCUCGAACAUCGUCCGGACGUUGCUGGUCAAUCCGACGGAAACGAUCCAGAAGCACUACACCUUCUUGCUGAAUCUGGAGGAAGAGCUGCUCAAGGUCAUGGUGCCGGGCAAGAAACUUUCGGAUGUUUUCGAUGUCGGCAUGAGCUACGCCAAGAAGGAGGAACCCAAGCUGGUGGAUAAGCUGACCAAAACUUUCGGAUUCGCCAUCGGGUUGGAGUUCCGGGAGAACUCGAUGAUCAUCGGACCAAAGUGCGCAGCCGUGCUGAAGAAGGGAAUGGUCUUCAGCGUGAACGUGGGCCUGUCCGGGUUGGAGAACAAGGAAGCGUCUGAGAAGGAGUCCAAGGUCUAUGCUCUGUUUGUCGGAGAUACGGUGCUGGUCAACGAUGAGCCUCCGGCAAGUGUUUUGACUCAGUCCAAGAAGAAGAUCAAGAACAUCGGUAUUUUCCUCAAGGACGACGAAGAGGAAGAUGAGGAAGAGGAGGAGGAAAAGACGGAAAAGCGUCCGGAAAUUCUGGGUCGCAGUGGCAAACGUUCGACCGUGUUGGAGAGCAAGUUGCGUAACGAACAGAACUCCGAGGAGAAACGUAAGCAACAUCAAAAGGAGUUGGCAAUUGCUCUGAACGAGAAGGCGAAGGAACGUUUGGCCAAACAAGGCGGUGGCAAGGAAACGGAGAAAAUCAGAAAAUCUACCAUUUCCUACAAGGGUGUGAACCAGAUGCCAAGAGAGCCGGAAGUUAAAGAGCUGAAGCUGUUUGUUGAUCGCAAAUACGAAACGGUUAUCAUGCCUAUUUUCGGUGUUCCGGUUCCAUUCCACAUUUCUACCAUCAAGAAUAUCUCCCAGUCGGUAGAAGGUGACUACACAUAUUUGCGUAUCAAUUUCUUCCAUCCCGGAGCUACGAUGGGCCGCAACGAAGGUGGAAUGUAUCCCAAUCCGGAUGCAACGUUUGUGAAGGAAGUUACUUACCGUUCGACUAACACAAAGGAACCCGGAGAGAUUGCUGCCCCUUCGUCCAACCUAAAUACCGCCUUCCGUCUGAUCAAGGAAGUGCAGAAACGGUUCAAAACCCGGGAAGCCGAAGAGCGCGAAAAGGAGGAUUUGGUCAAGCAGGAUACGCUGGUUCUCUCGCAGAACAAGGGUAAUCCCAAACUCAAAGAUCUGUACAUCCGGCCUAAUAUUGUGAGCAAGCGUAUGACCGGUUCCUUGGAAGCCCAUUCCAACGGAUUCCGCUACACGUCGGUUCGAGGCGACAAGGUGGACAUCCUAUACAACAACAUCAAGAGCUCGUUCUUCCAACCGUGCGACGGAGAAAUGAUCAUCCUGCUGCACUUCCAUCUGAGGCAUGCGAUCCUAUUCGGAAAGAAGAAGCACCUGGAUGUCCAGUUCUACACUGAAGUCGGUGAGAUCACAACCGAUUUGGGCAAGCACCAGCACAUGCACGAUCGAGACGAUUUGGCCGCGGAACAAGCCGAACGUGAGCUCCGCCACAAACUCAAAACGGCAUUCAAGAGUUUCUGCGAAAAGGUCGAAGCAAUGACCAAGCAGCAGAUCGAAUUCGACACACCCUUCCGGGAUCUGGGCUUCCCCGGUGCCCCGUUCCGUAGUACAGUAUUGUUGCAGCCGACGUCCGGCUCGUUGGUGAACCUUACCGAGUGGCCGCCAUUUGUCAUCCCGCUGGAGGACGUCGAGUUGGUGCACUUUGAACGUGUCCAGUUCCACCUGCGGAACUUCGAUAUGGUGUUCGUGUUCAAGAACUACAACCAAAAGAUUGCGAUGGUGAACGCCGUUCCGAUGAACAUGUUGGACCACGUGAAGGAGUGGUUGAACUCUUGCGACAUUCGUUACUCGGAGGGUAUCCAAUCGUUGAACUGGGCCAAGAUCAUGAAAACCAUCACGGACGAUCCGGAGGGCUUCUUCGACAACGGUGGCUGGACGUUCUUGGACCCGGAGUCGGACGGCGAAGGUGAACCCAACGAUGACACCGAAGACGAAGAGGAUGACGCGUACGAGCCGACCGACGACGACGAUGAGGAUGAAUCCGACUCGGAGGACUACUCGGAAGCUUCCGAAGACGACGACAGUGCCAGCGACGAAGAUUUGGGCUCGGAUGAAGAAUCCGGCAAGGAUUGGUCCGAUCUGGAGCGAGAGGCUGCCGAGGAGGAUCGCAACCGCGAUAAGGAUGAUUACGUCGAGGAUCGGCAUUCGUCGAAGAAGCGGUCUCACCAUAGACGAGAUCGAGGUAUGCGGGAAGAUACCUCGGUCAAGAAGCGGUCCGAUGGUCACAGCUCUUCGAAGAGUAGCAGCCGCGACAAGAACCACAAGGAUAAGCAUAACGACAAGCACAAGGAUAAGCACCGCAGCAGCAGCGGAAGCAGCAGUAAGCACCACCACAGCAGCAGUGACAAACACAAGAGCAGUAGCAGUAGCAGUAGUCAUAAACGGUCACGUGACGACAGCAGGGACGGCAGUUCGCACCACAAGAGCAAAAAGUCCAAGAAGUAAGGGACGCUUGGCAUCUCCGACAUCUGUGGGUCCGUUCCUCCCUGAGAGAGAGAGUUGCUUAGCAGCAGCAGCAGCAGUCCUAUUGUAAUUCUGUUUCAACCCUCUGGUUUAUUACGAGCUGAUCCUGAGGUGGGCGGGGCGAGGUUCAGAGAAUCUUCAUCCCCUCGCGCAUCACCAACUCAAAGACUCUCAUGUUUUCGUUUUCAGUAUACUUCUUGCUCCUAGGGCAGAAGGUCACACACACACAGUUCAAUGACCCUCUGUGAACACAUUUUUUAAAAUUCUGUGUAGUUGUUUCUCUUAAGUUUGAGUAGAAAUUUGUAUGCUAAGUCCAUUAAGUGUACGUUUAUGAAAAACAGACUAACAAAACAAAUACAUUCGAAUCAGUUGGUACAAUA